UCAUGAUGUCAAUCACUGGAUUGUCUGGUCUAGACGCGAUUAUUUACAGACAAGUGUUAUAUGGCUGGAAUAUUUAGCAUUUCUAAUUACUGCAUCCGUGAGCUUCCAUUGUUCUUGUUGUCUGUUUGUUUAGGUUACAGAAAUUAAUUAGCAAGCAGAUGCACCCUUUGUGAUGUAAAUUUUCGUAGAUCACGGGUAACCAAUCAGUGUUCAGAAAUGUGUGUAGAUAUGGCCACAAAGUUUUUUCAGCGUUAGAAAUUGGCGCUAGUCCUUGCCAAACUGCCCAUAAAAAAUGGUCCAUUAUUAAGGGUUUUGCUAUAUCUUAUCAUUAUAAGGACUAGUGGACUAAAAAUGUUUCUACCGCUUGUAUAUACAGUAGCCCAGUCUCGUGUCACGCUCAGUAUCAUUAGCGUGCAAAUCAAUUCCCGGCAGCUAGUGAGCCCUAGUUUGCAGAGUUACACAGCCGGGAAGAAGCCAGAGAUUAGUGCCCCUUUAAUAUUGCUGACUGAGAACUGCAUUGAACAGCAAACAAAAUAUUUUAAUGGAGGUUUACCAAGUCUAUGAUAUCAAAUUUAAUGAGAGACCCACUGAGAUUAACUGACUUUCUGGUAUGACUUGAUCCAGGCUGCUAGUAAUAGCAAUAAUAACCAACAAAGUGUUAUAUUUAAAUGUUGGUGAUCAUAUCAAAAGUCCUAUAAAAAAUAUACAUUAGACCUGUGAAGAUCCAGGUUAGAAUUUGUUUUCACAACCCAUGCUUGUGGUAAGAAGUGACUAUGUUCAUCGUAAGAAGCGACUAAAGGUACCGGGUGGUCAGUCUGUGUCAAACGCUUUUGAGUGUACAGCCCAAAACAUGGCUCUGAAAAUCAUUUUCAAUAGUGUCCUGGUGUGCUCAUCCAAACAGGCAAGACUCCCAUCUAUAGGCUGCGCAGGACGGUUGAUAAUGAUACACCUUUGAGGGUAUAAACAGUGAACUGCAACGAUGUCGACCGGACAAGUCUCCCUGGUGCAGAUUGAGACCGGGGACCAGACAAUCAUCUACCAACUGGAUGGAGGUAUUCUCACAGUCUCCGAAAAUGACAUUGUUAUCCAAAACGGCGGUAAUGAGAACAAAUGUGAAAAGUGUGAUGCCACCUUUGAAAAUGCGACUCAGCUGCAAGAACAUAUGGCUGAACAUGAGGAUGGUCAUGUCUUUAUGUGUGAACUCUGCAACAAGCUGUUUGAAGAUCAUGCCUCGUUUGAAGGUCACUUGAAACAGCAUGAAGGUCAGACGCUGUACAAGUGUGAAGUGUGCAAGAAGGUUUUCUCACAACUAGAGCCGAUGCAUGCACAUAUGACCGAGCAUGCAGGGGAAGUGCAUUAUGCAUGUGAAACAUGUGGGAUUCUCUUUCCAAAUAUGGAGGUCUUGAACCUGCAUAAAGUGUCCCACAUGGACAAUCCGGAUGAGGACGGUAAACAGUUCCGGUGUGAAGUCUGUUUCCACAAGUUUAACCUCCAGACAGAGCUGGAGUCUCACUGUCGGAGCCACUCGCAACAGAAGAGCUUCACCUGUGUUGUCUGCAGGAAGAAAUAUUACAGGCUGAUGGACCUGCAGAAGCAUGCUCGUCUUCAUGUUGGAAGCAAUCCCUUCCAGUGUACGAUUUGCGGAAAGUCCUUUAUUGAUAGCGGACGCCUUCAGUGGCAUCAGAGGCUUCACACAGAAAGCAAGAACUACAAGUGUGGACAGUGUGGGAAGACGUUUGAAAGCGAACAAGCUCUAACCAUACAUCUCAAACUGCAUUCUGACGACAAAGAUUACCGUUGUGAUAGUUGCGGAAAGAGUUUUGUGAAACUUGCCAACUUAAAACGUCAUAUCAAGAUCCAUACCGGUGAGAGACCUUUUGAAUGUGAAAUAUGCGGGAAGGGAUUUUCUGCUAAAGAUACCCUUCAAAACCACAUGCGCCUCCAUAACAAGGAAGACUUGUUCAAGUGUGAUAAGUGUGAUAAAGGGUUCACAGUGGCGGGUAAUCUGGAACGUCACAUGCGCAUCCACACUGGAGAAAAGCCGUACAAGUGUCGUGUUUGCAAACGGACAUUUCUGUUGCCGUUCUAUCUCCAAAGACACAUGCGUACCCAUACUGGGGAGAAGCCGUUUCAGUGUCACGUAUGUGGGAAGCGGUUUUCUGAGUCGGGCCAGGUCCGUAAGCACAUCAAAGUUCAUAAUGGGGAGAAGCCCUAUAAAUGUGAAGUGUGUGACAUGAGGUUCACCGAGAUGAGCAAGCUGAAGGGGCACAAGUCCACUCACAAUCAAGAUGAAUGGGACAGGAUUGCUGAGAGCGCCUCACAGGCCACAGAAGACUUCGAUUUGGGAGAUAUUUAUGAUGAGGUGGAUCCUAAGAAUAUCAAGACGGAGGUGUUUAAAAAUGUGGAGUGUUUGGAGGAACUGUGUGACCUCUUGAACACUCGGGCUACUCCAGCUGAGAAGACCGAGCGGUGUGAGAUCUGCAGCCAGAUGUUUGCUGGGGUCGGUAGUCUGUUGGUGCAUUUGAAGACCCACAAGAACCAAGCAAGGGAGAAGUCGCUCAAGUGUAGCGUUUGUGGCAAGCCUUUCUACCGACUUGGGGAUCUCCGAAAGCAUCUGGCCACUCAUGAAGGAGAGAAGCCGUUACAAUGUGAGCACUGCGGGAAGAGGUUCUUGGAUGUUGGUCGUCUGUACCGUCACACCAAACUCCACACGGACAAGAAACAUCACAAGUGUGACAUCUGUAACAAAGCUUUUGAAAGUCCUGAAGAAGUUGUACUGCACAUGAAAAUACACAUCGGAAAAGGAUUCAAGUGUGAUGUGUGCGAGAAGGAGUUUUCCAAACUAGCAAAUCUGAAGCGUCACAUGAUUUCGCAUAGUGAGCUGAAGCCCUUCAAAUGUGAGGUGUGUGAUAAAGACUACGCCUCCCUAGACAGUGUGCAGCGUCAUGCCAGAAGCCACUGUACCAAGCCAACAUAUGCAUGUGACGUCUGCUCCAAGAGUUUCAACGAUCCUGGAUCCCUUCUACGACAUAUGAAGAUUCAUACAGGCGAGAAACCGUAUCAGUGUAAAAUAUGCAAGAAAACUUUCUUACUUUCCUUUUAUCUAAAACGCCACAUGCGAACGCAUACUGGAGAACGUCCUUAUAAGUGCCCGCAUUGUGACAAGCUUUUCACAGAGGCGGGACACAGACAGCGACAUAUUCGUACACACACAGGCGAAAAGCCAUACAAAUGUGACUCAUGUGAUAAGUGUUUUGCAGAUUCCGGUCAACUCCGUUUCCACAAAGUUACUCAUAUGAAAGAAAAACCUUUUUUCAAGUGUCGUAGAUGCAGCAAGUGCUUCAAGGACAUCCGGUUGUUCCGUCGCCAUAAGAAGUUGCACGUUGAUGGCUCGGGAAAGGCGACCAAACUGAAAGGUAUUGGUGACUUGAAGCAAGUGACAGAGAGGAGAGAGAUCCCGGAGAAGGAGAAGAAGUUUGCAUGUGAGCGGUGCGACAAGCGGUUCACCGCUGCAGGGAGUCUGCAGGUGCACAUGCGUACGCACACCGGUGAAAAACCUUUCAGAUGUGAUUUUUGUGCCAAGACAUUCAUUCGCUCAAAUGAUCGCCUAAAACACAUGGCCACUCAUACUAACAGUAGACCCUUUGGUUGCGAAAUGUGCGGCAAGCGGUUCCGUGAUUCUGGGGCUUUGACUCGCCAUGUCAGGACACAUUCCGGCGUCAAGCCCUUCUCCUGUGAUAAGUGUGACCGGUCGUUUGGACGCAAGGAUUAUCUGCAGAAGCACAUGAAAGUACACACGACGGAAGAUGGAGACGGUAGUAUUACAUCGGUGCAUCUGGACGAGGCUCUGCAAACAGUUGUUGACACUCCUGAUGGUCCAUGCAUUAUUAAAACUGAGCCAAUAUCCAGCACAACCUUCUUGGAGAAUAUUGAAGUUGUAGAGGCUUUGCCGAUGCUGGAGCAAGCACCGAAGAUAGAAGCCGAGAUUGUUGAGACGGAGCACGAAGGGGAGACGGUGACGUACACCAACCUGCCAGCAGCUCAGCCACGGAUGCAGUACCAGGACAGCCAGCCCACCCAGCAGUACGCACACAAGUACACCGUGGUCACUCCGCAGACCACCUACACGGUCAUUCCAGAGUCCACCUCCUACACCACCUCCACUCAGACCACCACCUCCUCCUCGACAGGAUCGGUGCAGCAUACACUGGACUUUGCUGCCGAUUCUGCCUACCCCGAAGCCAUCGAGACACUCAUGUCGCUAGCUGGCAUCCCAACCAUCAGCACCCCUGUGGAGGAACAACCAGAGGCGACUGUAGCCUUGGUGCCUUUGUAACUAUGUGGGAUAGGUAACCAAGGUAACCUGUAUUAGGCGGUUUUGAUCAGUAUUGAGCAAUAAGUGGUUAAGAAUUGACAGUUGGUUUAACAACUGGUUGUUGGUAGUGUCUACAACAUUGAGGAAGUUCCAUGAAUAUUGAUAAUGAGGAUGGUUAUUGUUAUGCAAGUAGACAUGUCAGUGAUUGCUACAAUGUCUGCAGCAAACAGUCCAAUUUUGAACCUUACGAUAUUUUCCUAAUUUGCCAGCUAAGGGCAUUUAGUUUAGAAUUCUAGAUAAAUGCCUGGAUGUUUGGUGGGCAGGCAGCAAGUGUUCAUUAUUCAGUCAUACAGAGCAGUCAUACAUUGAUACAUGUCAAUGCUAGUGCAGUGUGUGCACUGAUUCCUGUAGUAUGUAUGUAUGUCAUGUAGUUUCAGAAAAAAGACCGAGAUUAAAGUAGUUCAGUGGGCUAUAUUCGGCCCCAAGUCAGUAAAAAUUCCAAAAUUGGAACCUAAAGUUCCCCAAUUCAUCAUGAGUUUCAUAUGUAUAUAGUUACAGACUGAGCUUAUUAUCUCUAAGUAUCAGACAUUGUCACACAGCAUACAGCUUGUACAGUAAAGCAAAACUCUUAAAAUAACUCCAAAAUUUGGUUAUCCAUUGAACAUGUUUAAGACGAUACAUAUGCAUCUUUUUAUUUAUCCAUGUGUUCGUAUUAGCUGUGAAAACAUAACUUGACGGUUCAAAAGUUCUUUGAGCUGCUUUGUAUGUUUUGCCAGGUAACCAUGGUAAUGCACAAUUAACAUUCCUUAAAAAUAAUGUGUGAGCCGAUAAAGCUGACAUUAUGCAGGUGUUAUCUAUAUUAAAAUACAGGAUCAAAGUAACAAAAUACUGCGUAAACAUAUUUAAAAUAAAGUGUGAAAAUUAAAUUAAAUAAUAAAUAUUUGAUUAUUAAUACAACACAAAAAAUGUUACAUGGAAAUUCCUUGCGGUACAUUGUUCUUAAUACAUGAGAAUCUUUAACUUCCUGCUUUACUAUCUGUGCUGCAUUUGAACUACCGGUAGCCUUCAAUUUGUUCAGCACAUGCCUUGUUUUCCUGUUUGAUCAUUUUAGCCAGUGCAUUUGUAAUGCACAUGCAUAUAAUAAUGCAUGAGCUUAAAAUUUGCAUUGCAGAAAAUAAAUCAGUAAACUGUCAUUUUGGUAUAGAGCUACAGACGAAACAAUAGAGCGAUGUCAUAGGUGUAUUUUUAUUAGGAAGAAAAGUUACGAUGCAUCAUGUAAUCAAAACAUGAAGCCUUGCAGGACUCUAUGUAUGUUUCAACUAACAAGCAUCAUGGAAAAUGAAAUAACUUCUGUUAAAAUAGAUUUGAAAAUGCAUGAAAAAUAUUCUUUAUCAUAUGUUAAUAUUUUACAUUCAAAAUAAUUAUUUUGAUUUCAACAAUUACACGUUUUCCCUGUCUCAACUGUUCAAACAAAGCAUAACGUCUUGACUAUAAAUAUGUUACAGAGUGCUGUUAAUCUAGUUUGUUGUGUGAACAGGAAAAUUAUUGCGGAAACAGAGUUAUUGGCACCUCAACACAUUAUUUUCAUCAUGUCUUCAUUUCAUUAAAAUGCUCAGAGAAUGAAUAACCACUUAUAUCCAGCGAAAAUUAAUCUGUUUACUGUCGUUGAGACAAGUUGUAAAUCACUCGAGUGAUGAUUAAUCUCUCUCCCCCCCCCCCCCCUGAUGAUGUGGGAUGUUGUUCACCAUUGUUCACAGCCCACUACAAUAUGGCUGGAGUAUUGCUGACCCAGGCAAUGAUGGCUCUGUACAAAACCCACAGUCACUGACAGACCUGUGCAGGUUCUCAUCAUCAUCUGAGCAGUAGUGAUCACAGCCUAAUGUAACAGAAUACCGUAAGCGCCCACGACAAUAUUUGCUAAUAUAUUGGUUAGUGAACGAUCCCAAUUACCACCCCUUUUGAUUGAUCAAUGUACACAAGACUUAUUUAUUCGUGUAUAAUACGCACUCAUGUGUUAUAUGCACCCUUAAUUAUUUGCAAUCAAAUUCUGGAAAAUUAUAUCUGUCGUAUAAAAUCAUUUCAGGCUGUCAGCAUAAACCACAAAAUUUACGAUCUUUCAACCAAAAUAAUAUUCUAUUAAGAGCCCCCCGUUUCUAAUUUUGAGAGUGCCCUGGGCGCUUAUUACGUCGAAUACGGUAGAUUGAAUGACUCUGGUGAAUCAUCUUCGUUUAGUGUCAUGGUGACACAGUUAUGUCCAGAUCCUGUUUAGACUCUUAUCACAUCAACCAGACUUAAACUUGUUGUAAUCAGACUACUGGUAUUUCUAAGAUCAAUCUUCUAAAGAAUACAGUAUGUCAAGUUGUAGGGACACGGAUAAAGGAAAUUGUGUAAAUUUAUAAACCUUUAAGUUAUGGAUGUUUGUUUAAAGGAGUAGGACGAUUGGGUAGCCUAGUGGUUAAAGCGUUCACUCGUCACACCAGGUUUGAUUACCCACAUGGGUACACUGGCUGAAGCCCAUUUCUGGUGUACCCCAUCAUGAUAUUGCUGGAAUAUCGCUGGAUUAUCGCUAAAAGUGGUGUAUAACCAUAUUCACGUGCUAACACACGUGAAAAGGGUCAGGGUUGGGGGGUCAAGCCUUUCUUUUAUUUUUCUGAAUAAGACUUCUGGAAUAAAAACAUAUUUACAUCUAUCCACAUGAACAUACUGAAGUGGCUAAAUGUAUAAGCUUCUAAUAAACCCCAGAGUGAGUUGAUCAGGAGAUAUAAUUUGGUGCAGCUGAGGAAUAUUUGUUUAUUUGCCAUGACAUUUAACUUGUUUAGGUGUUGGUCAGAUUUAGUGGGGAAUUUGAAUGUACUAAUCUGCUAAUUAUGUUUGAGAUGCAGCAUGUUUGGUAUUUUAUCUCUCAUGUUUAUGUAUUCCUGUUGGAAGGCUUUGUCCUGUGUUAUGGUCAGAGAUAACAUACAAUGCAUUUGAUCAGUUUUUAUUUCUAAAAUUAACUGUUACUUUGGUUUUCGUUUGGUAUUUGUAGUUUUAUCUUUUUUCUAAUCAGUCUACCCAUGAAGAUUCGGGUUAGAAUAGGUCUUCAGCAACCCAUGCUUGCAGUAAAAUGCGACUAUGCUUGUCGUAUGAGGCGACUAACGGGAUUAGGUGGUCAGGCUUGCUGACUCGGUUGAUGCAUGUCAACAUAUCCAAAUUGUGUAGAUCGAUGCUCAGUCACUUGAUUAUUUACAUACAGACUGCCGUCAUAUAGCUGGAAUAUUUCUGAGUGAGGCGUUAUACAACAAAACAAAGAAUCAAAAUCUAAUCAGAGAUGGAUUAGCAAUGAUUAGUGGGGCAAAUAAUAAAUGCAAAUGCUCUUUUUUUCUGAUCGCUGAUUUAGCAUGCUUUAGGCUCCAUUUGGUCAAAUCCCUGAACACCCCAAACAGACAACAAUGUUGGCUGCAUCCAUGACUGGGGAAUUCUUGUUACAGUCCUGGUUAUACAGGGCUCGAUUUAAGGAACUUGAAUAACUUGUACCAGGUUGCACCCUGGACUCAUGAAUGUAUCAAAAUUGAAACCGGCCGGUCUGCUGUCAGUGUCAUAAAUUAGUGAUGCAUUACAGUUCAACGUCAUAGGAACAUGUGCACAUUAAUCUUGAAGCAUCCACAGGUUGAUGUCAUGCCUAAGAAAGCAUUACAAAUUAUACACAUACAACACAGGGAUUAGUGAUGUAGUAUGGUAAAUUUAGAGAUACUGAGUGUGUUCAAAGAUCAAUUUUGUGUGUGGACAUGUAAGGGUUAGUCAGACACCGAUUUGAAUUUUCUUGACAUACAUUUGGUGCAUGUAGAAAAAUAUUAGGUUACAUUUUUCAUUACAGGUUGCACUGGUGCAUGUUUAUGUAGCCAAAUCAAGCCCUGUUAUGUAUGUAGUCCUAUAUAAUAUAUGCUUAUAUUCCAUAUGUAAGAUGAUUGUGGCAAUACAGAUAACAACUGUUGGUACAUAACUACCUGUAACACUGUUAUGAGACUGCCUCCGUGGUGGUGUGGAGAGCUUCCAACCGGAGAGCCCCGGACGUGUCAUACCAAAAGACAAUAACUUGUUACCCUGCCUGGCGCUCGGCAUUAAGGGUUUAAAACAAGGACUGGUCGGGUCGGGGUCAGUUUACUGUGUCUGAGGGGGGUAUUUAUGUUAAACU